UUUUGUCUGCAGUCGGCACGAACGGAAGCAGUGGACGCAUGGAAGUGUAAACUGCUUCCUGUUGAAUGUUUAUGUGAAAAAAGUGAUAUUUUGGCAUACAAUCUUAAGUGUUUUUUUUAUUUCUUUUAGAUUUUGUUGAGUUAUGGACAUCCUCAAAGCAGAGAUCGCGAGAAAAAGAAAGCUUAUAGAGGACAAAGAUCUCGUAGACGACUCAAAGAAAUACUUCAAAAGGGCUGAUCUCGCGCGAAAAGAAGAGGAAGAAUAUUAUAGGAGAUGUGGAUACAAGGUUUCUAAUGAGCAGCCUGUGAGACAGCUGGACAAGACUGAGGAUGAGGCGCCUCCAUCUACGUCCGCCAAUCCUGUGUUAGAACUAGAGCUCACGGAGGAGAAACUGCCAAUGACGCUUUCUCGACAGGAGGCGGUCAGACGUCUGAGGGAACGAGGCGAGCCGAUCCGUCUGUUUGGCGAAUCCGAUUAUGAUGCUUUCCAGAGACUCCGCAAAAUUGAAAUUCUAGCACCAGAAGUAAACAAGGGUUUGAGGAAUGAUCUGAAGGCUGCCAUGGAUAAGAUUGAUCAGCAGUAUCUGAAUGAGAUUGUGGGUGGAGCAGAAGGUUCAGUUUUACUGGACACACAACACGACCUCAAAGUGCAUGAAGAAAAUACCACCAUUGAGGAGUUGGAGGAUCUGGGAGCAUCUCUUGGCACUGGUAAUGAUGUUCGAGACAUGGACGUCAUAAAUAAAGUACUGAGGUUCCUCCUGGGCGUGUGGGCUAAAGAUCUAAACAGCCGAGAGGACCAUGUGAAGCGGAGUGUCCAGGGCAAGCUCGCCAGUGCCACCCAAAAACAGACUGAAUCUUAUCUGGAACCUCUUUUCAGAAAACUUCGCAAGAAGAAUUUACCAGGAGACAUUAAGGAGUCCAUUACAGACAUCAUAAAGUUUAUGCUGGAGAGGGAAUAUGUUAAGGCAAAUGAUGCUUAUCUGCAGAUGGCUAUAGGAAACGCUCCGUGGCCCAUCGGUGUGACCAUGGUGGGCAUCCACGCUCGUACUGGACGUGAGAAGAUCUUCUCCAAACACGUCGCUCAUGUGCUCAAUGACGAGACUCAAAGGAAAUACAUUCAGGGGCUGAAAAGAUUAAUGACAAUUUGCCAGAAACAUUUCCCAACAGAUCCCUCAAAGUGUGUGGAGUACAACGCUCUGUGACGUACACUUCACAUCAUUCAAAGUCAUGUUGUCUCUUGCUCCCUCGUGUUGUAAAUAACUUAUUGAUUGUAAAUAUACCCCAGUCUUGAGAACAUGUGGUUUUCAAUCCUGGGACCCACCGGUUUGCAGGUUUGUGUGCGGAAGAGUUCCAUGAGUGUUUCUGGGUGUCAGAUAAGAGAGACAAAUGUACAGAGUGGUGGGAACCCAGGAGCAGGAUUGAAAACACUACAGUGUUUUUCGUCUUUAAGAAAUAAAUCAAAUCUGAUGUUACUGAA